CCGUGUGUCACACGGGAAACUAAACUAGUUGGCAUAUAUAUAAAUACAUAAUGGCCUAAUCUGUAUUUGGCUAAUAUUGACACUUAAACUACCAAAUAUAUUUAACAAAAUACAAUAUAUAUACUAACAAAUAUAUUUAACAAAAUACAAUACAUACUAUAUCGCUAACACUAUCAAGUAUGAUAACAAAAUUGUGGCUCCAAGUCUCCAACAGUGGUUGGUCCAAAACGGUAGCUCUAAUGAGUCAACCAUAACAUUGACUUGGCUUGUUGAAGACUUAUAGCAGAUUGAUUCAUUGCAUUCUUCAUCGAGGUGUUCAUCUGUUCAUUGAUCAUGAGGAUUAAUAUUUCUAGUUUCUUCUUUGCCUUUUUUCUAAUUCUCAUGUUAUCACUCAUUGCCACUGCUGAAUCAUAUUCAGCUACAGCAGAUCUUUCCACCACAUGGACCACCAAUUACUCGGCUGUCAAUCCCAUCCUCCGUAGAGAAACCAAUGUAGCUGUAUUCUCCUGCGGCUUCUUCUGUGAAGAUAAUUGUACCUUUUACUACUUUGCCAUAUUCAUUUCUCCGUCAACUGAAUCCCCUGGGCAAUCUAAAUUCGUAUGGUCAGCCAAACAACCCGUCCGGGAAAAUGCAAUACUGAAUUUUACUGCAGCUGGAGACUUGGUGCUAGAGGAUGGAUUUAUAGUUUGGAAGACCGACACAGCUGGAAAAUCGGUUGCUGGCAUGAACCUAACUGAUACUGGAAAUCUGGUGUUGUUUGAUCACCAGAACUUUGUAGUUUGGCAAUCUUUUCAUGACCCAACUGACUCUUUGUUACCUGGCCAAAUGCUAUUUCAAGGUCAAGGAUUGCAAUCGUGGGAAGGGAUGUAUUCUCUUAAACUCACGGAUAAAGGUGUGGUUGUUUAUUACAGAUGGUUGGUCUAUGGAAAAGUUACAAACAAAGGAGGAAGAUACAUGAAGUUCUUGAAUGGGAGUUUAUCAUUCUUCAUAGAUACUUUCGAGCCAAGUGAUCCUGUUGGUGUGAUUGGCAUACCUGAAGCAUCAUCAGCUCAGUUUAUGAAACUCAUGCCAGACGGGCAUUUGAAAGUGUUUGAAUGGAAGUUUAGAGAGUGGAAAGUGAUAAAAGAUCUUACUACAGUUUUUCCAUCAUAUUCUUAUACAGCAGACCUUUCGACAACAUGGGAUACCAAUUACUCAGAUGUCCAACCCAUGCUCCUUAGAAGAACCAAUGGGGUUCAAUUCGCCUGUGGCUUUCUCUGUGAAGGAAAUUGUACAGACGACAACAAAACCUUCCACUACAUCUUUGCCAUAUUCAUUUCUCCGGACACUUCUAAUUUCACUAACCCAAAUGAAGUUGUUUGGUCAGCCAACAGAAACCAUCCGGUCGGGAUUGAUGCAAUACUGAAUUUCACUGCAGCUGGAGAAUUGGUCCUUAGGGAUGGAGAUGGAAGCAUAGUUUGGACCACCAACACUGCAGGAAAAUCAGUUGCUGGCAUGUACCUAACUGACACUGGAAAUCUGGUCUUAUUCGAUGACCGGGACUCGUUAGUUUGGCAAUCUUUUGAUCACCCAGCAGACUGCUUGUUACUUGGCCAAAAGCUGUAUAAGGGUCAAAAACUGAAAUCUAGUGCUUCAUCAAGUAACUUUUCAGAAGGUAUGUUUUCUCUUCAAGUCACGAAUGAAGGUUUGUUUGGUUAUAUUGAAUCAAACCCACCUCAAGUCUAUUACAGAAUGGAUAUCACAUAUGAUGAUACAAUUAAAGAAAGAAAAUACAUUCGGUUCUUGAAUGGGAGUUUGUCAUUCUUCGUUCAUUCUUCCAAGCCAAGUAAUCCUGAUAAAGUGAUUGGCAUACAAGGAGUAUCACCAGCUCAGUAUAUGAAACUGAUGCCAGAUGGGCAUUUGCAAGUGUUUGAGUUUCAAUCUGAUGAGUGGAGAAUGGUAUCAGAUGUUACAAGUGAUGCUGUUGAAGAGUGUGAGUAUCCUUUGCGUUGCGGAAGAUAUUCCAUUUGCUCAACUGAUGAACAAUGUAGUUGUCCUGGAAUAGAAUAUUUUAGACCAGUGGACGAUCGUCAACCCAACCUGGGUUGCUAUGAAAUUACUCCUCUCACAUGUAAUUCUACACAAACUCAAGGUUUUAUCACACUCGAAAAUGUCACGUACUUCACCUAUAUUCCCGACAUGAAGGAGGUGAGUAUUGAGACUUGCAAACAAGCGUGUCUACACAAUUGCUCAUGCAAAGCAGCUUUAUACCACUACGGUUGGAAUUCUUCGAGUGGAAAAUGUUUUCUGCGUUCAGAGCUAUUUACAAUGAAGACUGUUGAUCAAGGUUAUUAUACUGCUACAGCUUUUAUAAAAGUCCAGAAUGCUACAACACAUCAUGUGUCUCAUCAAGUGGCAAAAAUUGUAGGCUCUACGAUUGGAAGUUUUAUGCUUCUACUUGUUGUGGCCAUAGGGUUUGUUACGUAUGUAGUCCACAAGCGAAAAAAGGAUGCUGAAAUGGAGGAAGAGUAUUUAGAUCAAGUUCCAGGAAUGCCGACUCGGUUUUCUUAUGAGGAACUGAAAACCGCCACAGAGAAGUUUAGUAAAAAGCUUGGUGAAGGAGGAUUUGGAUCAGUUUUCGAAGGGACUCUCGGAGAUGGAUCGAAGAUUGCAGUAAAAUGCCUUGAAGGUCUUUCACACAUUAAGAAAUCAUUCCUAGCUGAGGUUCAAUCCAUUGGUAGCAUUCACCAUGUGAAUCUGGUUAGACUUAGAGGAUUCUGUACAUGGAAAUCACAACGGUUUCUUGUGUACGAUUUCAUGAGUAACGGGUCAUUAGAUAAGUGGAUCUAUCAUGGAGUUCGGGAGCACAUACUUGAAUGGGAGUGCAUAAAGAAAAUCAUUCUUGAUAUAGCCAAAGGUUUGGCAUAUCUCCAUGAAGAAUGCAGGCAAAAAAUUGUGCACCUUGAUAUUAAACCUCAAAAUAUACUUCUUGACAACAAUUUCAAUGCAAAAGUAUCCGACUUUGGGUUAUCUAAGCUCAUUGAUAAAACUCAAGCUGAAGUGAUGACUACCAUAAAAGGAACACCUGGAUAUAUCGCUCCAGAAUGGUGGAGCUCAAUUAUCACAGAAAAGGUGGAUGUUUACAGCUUUGGGAUCGUUCUUUUGGAGAUCUUAUGUGGAAGAAGAGUUUUCGACAGAUCUCAGCCGGAAGAAAGCUGGCACUUGCUCUUUGUCUUUCAAAAAUGCUGGGAGCAAGGAACAUUGUUGGAUAUGGUUGACGAACACAGUGAAGAUAUGCAGGUACACAAAACUGAAGUCCUGGAGAUGAUGAAACUGGCUGCAUGGUGUUUACAAACAAACUAUAAGAAAAGGCCUUCAAUGUCAACGGUGGUUAAGGUGUUGGAAGGAGGAAUGAAUGUCGAACCGAACUUGAAUUACAACUUCACCGAUCUAAGAAUUCAGGAACCAACAGUUGGAGGCAAAUCAGAUUUCACGUUAUUGUCGUCAUCUCUUCUCUCGGGGCCAAGAUAAGCGGCCACAUUUUUAUGCAAUUUCCUCAGUGUAGUUUCCUAUUCCAAUACCAACAGAAAUGUUGGUUAUAAAUAACUUUAUGUAUUUUCCUGUUCCAAUAUCAACAGAAAUG